GGAGAACUGAAGAAAUAGUGGACUAUGUGCAACUGACAUUUUAUCCCUUUGCCAUACAACUAAUACAAUAUCAGUUCAAGCUCUUCAUGGCCAUGCAUGGGGAAAAAAUCUAUAUCAAAUCUGUAGAUAUUAUAAAAAUGUUUUAUUUGUAUUCCUUUGAGAAACUUUUCACUUUUGCUGUUACCUGCUCAUUUUUGCGCAGUUAAUGUCAUUGGAUCCAGGUCUAUUUGGUGGCCACGGUGUGACUUAUGGCAAACAUGAGAACAUUAACAAGAUGUACAGUCUGGGUCCGGCAGACAGCGUCGCGUGUCAGAACACUCUGUGCCCUUUUUUUCCUAUUGGCUCGUGACUAAGCACGCGGCAGCGCGUCCACGCUCUCCAAAAGCGUCCGCGAGCGCCGCGAGUUGUUGCGGGUGCCAAAUGAAUGAGACGCACGUGGACGCGUCGCGCGCGCUUCCCGUUCCCCGGCGUCCAGAUGAACCCUCGCGCGCGCGGCUCCUCCAGCAUACAAUGGAUUAACCGGAAAGACAUGAGCGCACGCACCGAGGACGGCGUGAGCCUGUGCCAGCGGGCUCUGCAGAUCAUCACCGAGCUGUGCCUCGCCGGCCACGUCGAUAGGGAGAAAUGCGCGGACAUCUUUCCAACAGAGAGCAACAUACCAGGUAAAGGCAGUUCAGACAUCUCUGUAAGUCUCCUAGCUGUGCUCGUGGGUUUCUGUGGACUCGCCCUGUUGGUAGUCUCUCUCUUUGUGUUUUGGAAGCUGUGCUGGCCCAUCUGGAGAAGCAAGACGCUCUCUUCACAUGGCGAGAUUGUCCCACAAGGGCUGCUACCUGAGGCACCGACGCCCACACCUCAUGUCACGCCCUCACUUCCAGAGCGUCAGGUUUUACAGGCUGAGAGGCAAGAGAAGAAAGAGGAAGAGGAUGAGCAGAAGAGGAAGGUGCCCGAGGUGAAGGUAAACGGUUGUAGUUCGAUGAAGUCACUUGAGGCAGCCAUGAAGAUCAGCCAGACAUCUCCAGACAUCCCGGCUGAGGUGCAGCAGACGAUACGCGAACGCCUCAGUAAGAAGGCCAAGAUUCAGAAACAGAGCACUGAGCCCACCUCCUUCUCCAGACACAAUUCCUUUCGUCGCCAUCUUCGACGGCAGAUGAAUGUCACCAGUGUGGACUUCACCAUGGACACUCUGCCAGUGAGACAGUCCUCAGCAGUCAGCAUUGGACGCAUAAAGCCAGAACUCUACAAGCAGAAGUCUGUGGACUCAGAGGAAGGAAACAAGGAGCCUGUGGAGACAUGUGGCAAGCUCAGCUUUGCACUGAAGUACGAUUAUGAGGAGCAGGCUUUAGUUGUGCGCAUCCUUAAAGCUCUGGACUUGCCAGCCAAGGACUUCACAGGCACCUCCGACCCCUAUGUAAAGAUUUACUUACUUCCUGAGCGUAAAAAGAAGUUCCAGACACGAGUCCAUCGAAAGACACUCAACCCUACAUUUGACGAGGUGUUCUGUUUCCCAGUGGAGUAUGAUCAGCUGUGUAAUCGCAAGUUGCACUUCAGCGUCUAUGAUUUUGAUCGCUUUACAAGUCAUGACAUGAUCGGCGAGGUAGUGGUGGACAACCUGUUUGAGCUCUCAGACCUGUCGCGUGAGGCUGUGGUUUGGAAGGACAUUCUUGCAUCCACUACAGAGAGUGUGGAUUUGGGGGAAAUUAUGUAUUCUCUCUGCUACCUUCCCACGGCUGGCCGUAUGACUCUGACUGUCAUCAAAUGCCGAAAUCUGAAAGCUAUGGACAUCACUGGCUCCUCUGACCCAUACGUUAAAGUGUCACUGAUUUGCGAUGGACGAAGGCUAAAAAAACGGAAGACCACCACUAAAAAGAGCACACUCAACCCUGCGUACAACGAGGCCAUCAUCUUUGACAUUCCUCCUGAGAACGUGGAGCAGGUCAGCCUGUCAAUUAUGGUGAUGGAUUAUGACAGAGUUGGACACAAUGAGGUGAUUGGUGUGUGCCGAACAGGCCCCGAUGCUGAAGGUCUGGGUCGAGACCACUGGAAUGAGAUGCUGGCCUACCCACGCAAGCCCAUAACACACUGGCAUUCCCUAUGCGAGUGGCCAGGAAGGGGAACCAGUUUUGAAAGCCAGGGUUCCUGUCCUUCCCCAAAACCUCCACAGACUCCAUAACCACAACUAGAUCCUGGAAGACAAUUUUUUUUUACCUUGCUUAGUGGCCAUGCUUUUUGGUUUGUAUUACCAGAUAGCUCUUAUUCUCUUGUUGUAACUUGUAAAAUUCCAUCAUUUUGGCAGAGGAUAACAUGCAGUGCAGGUAUCUCAUGCACACACAGUUAAUGUGACACUGUUACCUCUAGAACUUGUGCUGAGAGUGUGUGGAUUAAAAGCAAUGGGUGAUUCAACAAAAUAUAUCGAAUGGCGAUGUUUUGACAGCAUAAUGAUACGACAUUAGUGACAUAUCAAAUGAUAGCCUUUAAAUUUUUGUCUUUUGCAUAAUAUAAAAAAUGAUGACAAUAUUGAUGUUUGAAAUAUUUAUUUUUUUAAAUGACAACCAUAAUAGCUGCAUGCAAAUUUUAAAUCAAACUUUAUUUUGUGUGUGAUUUGAGCCCUGAACAGUCACCUGACCGAUGUAGAUUUGUUGAAAAAUGUAUGCAAAUGUUUAUACUCCUGCUUUAUAGGCACGGUACAUUUCUUACAAUUGUAAAGUGAAUCACUCUUUCUUAACUUUGUAUUUAGUCAAAUCAGUGAUCACAUGAUGGAAAGGAAACUGGAUAUUAAAGUCUGCAAUCAAAAUGCAGCCUAUAGGAAACUGCUCAUCAGAAAACUGGUCACAGUUUGUCGUUUUAGUGAUUUAGACACAUUUUAGUCCAUACUUUGAUUCUAAUGUUUGUCUUAAAUGUUUAAGAUGCAAAAACCAUUUUGUCCACAAAAUAUAGAAUAAAAAAUGAGUAAAGUAUGAAUUUAAAUCGACAAUUUCCUGAUUUGAGGAAAGACCUCAGGCUUACGAAAGCAAUCCAGAGUAGUGGUGCUUCUUCAAUCUGACAGGAACAAGAGCUAGAAGCCAGCAAGCCAUAUGUCCAAUUAAAACCUUGAAAAACAUGCAACAAAAUGUGAGAACAGAGCAGAAAUCUUAGUUUAGUUAGAAAAAUAAAUGCAAGUUUUAGGAAACAGUUCACAGCAUGGAUGAGUUGGUGGUCCAUCAACCUUAUGAUGCUUUCAUCACAAUACAGAUUUCGUAAAAGAGGAAAUUCACAGUAGCAGUUAAUGUAGCAUGCGGAUUUCUUUUCAUAAGUCAUCAAAUGCACAACAAAGUACAAUACAAACUACACAAUGACAUUAAAAUACAUUAACCGAAAAAACAAAAUCAGUCAUUUGUUUGCUACAAUCUUUUUCAUUCCUUCAUGUCUUCAUCAUAUGCACUGAAGCACACAUGCAUAAUGCAGAGAAACUCUUUAUAGUGUUUAAAUUACCAGUACUACAGUUUAUUUCUCACUUAUUGAAGUUUACACUAUUUUUGACUAUUCAAAUUCUAAUGUGUUGAAAAUAUGAGCUAGGAUAAUAAUAUAUUUUUUAAUUAAUAAAAAUAAAAAUGUAAUGGUGAAAGAUCUGUAAAAACAGAUCUUGGUGUAGAGCUCAGAUUUAGAGAUGUUUGUUUCUGUCCCUCUGUUUAUAUACUUUUCUUUACUUAAGACAUAGAAUGAACAGUUAUGAUAAAGUGUGUCCCAGGGAAUUAAUUAUUGAACCUUCAUAUAUGUUUAGUUAAACUGAAUUUAUAUUCAUAUGAAGUUAAAAGCAAAAUGUAGCUGAUCUUAGAAUAAUUCUAGAUGGUUUUGCUUUUUAAUGAACUUGUUGUGUUACUGAUUAAAAAACAGGCAUAUGGGGGAAAUAAGAAGCUUGAAAUUCUUUUUCUUUGUUUUUUCCCCCCAGUGAGUUGCUCAAAAACAGCUGACACAGCAUCAAAACUAGAGCACCUUGCAAUUAUGCAUAUUAGUCUCAGUAAUUAAAUUGAUAUGCAACAUUCUUAGACCAAAGGUAUAAUACAGAAUUAUGAUUUUCUGUUCCCAUUUACCAUUGUUUUUAUGUUACCAUAGCAACACAGCAUUCCUAGCAUCAAUUAGUGAUUGAGGGCCUGCAUUGAUUUGGAAAUAUAUAAUAAUAACAAUUGGACACAAAAGCAAGCUCUGUUUUAUAAGUAUUCACAAAAGUAAUGCAAUGAACAUGGCAAAUAUAUAAAGGCUGUGUACUGUUAAUGUUAAUUUGCACAGUAAGACUAUGUUUCUUCCCCAGUAAAGACACAAGUAAUACAUUCUUGUAGCAUGUUGACACCAGUCUCUCAAUUUCGUUGCUUAUAUUCAAAAGUUUUAGAUAUGAAUUACUGAAUUAUGGAGUAGUCUUUGUAUUUGCACAUAUCCUCCUUUUCCAGUGCCAAUGUGCAGAAAUACUUGAGCAUAAAUACUUGAGUUUCUUGAAGUUAUGUUAAUGUGCAUUUCUAUGGAUCGUUUGGUGAUAUUUUGUAUGAUAAGCAUAUAUAAAUUUAUCCAAUCUAUAGAUAAACUUAUAUAGCAUUAUCUUAUAUGAACUUAAAUAACUUUAUACACAAUUUGCAUCUAUCGUGAAAUGUUGAAUUCAACUUGCUGAAAGUGCUAUUCUUUAAGCCAUUGAAUAGUAACUUGUUCAAAAUGAAAGUGCUUUUUGUCUUAAUCGUAUCUGGCAAAAGAAAAACAAAGGUGUUCAUUAAUCGUUGUCAUGAAAUGUACAGUUUUGUGCUAACUUUUGUAACUAUUCAGUAAAAAACUGAAUAUUGUAAUUUUACUGUAUCUGUUUCUUAUGUACUUUAACUAAAUAAAUGCUGUUUGUCAAA